AUGUUAUCCCUCAUUUUUUUCACAUUGAUUUUCUUCGUCUCUUCUGAGACCACAGAAGACUCCACGGUCCCGCCCCCAUUUACUCCGAACGACAAAGACCACAUCCCACGCGAUCGUUCGAACCAUCCCGUCUUCUUCUCUGGAGACAAGCCGGACACUUUUCUCAAUUUUUGUAACAAUCCAAAUGGGUUUAACGUCUCGGACAUCUCCAAUUCUUGUUUCUAUAAGCCAUAUGCCGAGUCUUUAGCUAUUCCAAGUGCUUUCAUAGCGAUCGUACUUGUCAUCUUAACACUUGUUGUGUACAUCUUUGCGUGCACUCGCUGUUGCUUUGGGCCGUGUUGUUUAGCGAAGCAUGGUUGCCUCUGUCCCAAAGACGAGAAAUCGUAUGGGACAAAGCAGUGGUGUAUCUUCCUCAUCUUAAUGAUCGUAUCCUCGUUACUUUUAGUCCCUUUCUUUAUAGUAGGGAUCAUCGGUAACUCAUCGAUGACGGUGGCAUUUAGAACGGUCGGCGACUCACUCUUUACUACGUACGACGACAUUAAAACCAUAUUCGACCAGACAUACACUGCGUUGUCUUCCGUCGAUCUUGGCCCGAUCAAAGAAAUCGUCCCGGACUUGGACACGUCGAUGUUAAAUGAGACGACUCAGAUGCUCAGUGACUUAAACACACAAAUUCAAGGUGUCGAUGGGACUGUCAACACAGGGAAGACGUACGUCAACGCAUUUUAUAAAGCGCGAGAGGCAUUGGUGGACUUGAUUUUGAUAUUGCCAUUCAUCGCAGUCAUCGUCGCACUUAUCGGAGCAUUUUGUAAGCUGCAUUUCUUAGUUAUUCCGAUAUUCCCCUGUUCGAUAUUCUUCGCAGUAGUAGCGGCAGUUAUUGUGAUGGUCGAGUACCCCGUCGUCACUGUAGUCUCCGACGUUUGUGUUUAUUUGAUCGAUGAGAUGAACCCGGAAGCCCCCCCGGGAGACUCCGAUUUUGAUCAAAUCUUCCAAGUCGUGCGAAACUGUGACAACUCGACACUCAGUAAUAUGUCCGAUGAGUUUGUUUCUGUGGAGAAUCAAAUUGUCGACAGCGCGGUAGAGUUCUAUAAACAAGUGUGUAGCGACGACACCGUCAGUUCGACGGACUUCAUUAGAUACGACGAAAAAUACACAUGCACAGGAACUCUAAUGAAUAACACAAAGUGUGUGCAAGACCUUAAUAAGACACUUUCUGAUACUACAAGUCCUUUGGUAUGCCCAAGUGUCCCUGAAGGAAUCACUUUUGAAGGGAUACCCGCACUAAUGGAUGCAAUUUAUAUUAAGAAUUUUAGAUACUACUUUGUCCCAACACCACCUACUUCUCAAGCUGAGUUACCUAUUUAUGCGACUAAGCCAGUGCGCUGCGAGUUACCCGAUUUCAUGAACACAACAGAAGGUAAAAGUGGGUGGGUGAUCACUAACAUAGCUUGUGUGUAUCAGAGCAACAUCACUGUCUCCGAUUGUGACACACAAUGUCCGUCUGAAUACAAAGAGUACGGCGCCAACAUGAAAGCAUUGAAAGAUGUUGUGAAUAGUUUAAUCAGUGUGAUCUCAACGAUUCAAGACCAAGUCCUCAGUCUCAUCAAAUGUUCCCAUAUCAAUAAGAUGGUGACUAACUUGAAAGACGCUACUUGUUACGAUUUGAUCACUAUGGAAGGUCCACUCAUUUCCGGCUUGCUCGGAUACUCCGCUGCUCUCUUGAUCAUGUUCGUCGUCUCAUUCUUGGCUAUCAAAAGAUUUAAAAAAGGUAAUUACGACUUCGUCGACGAGAACACAAAGUACUACGACGAGGGUGGAAAGGACGCCGCUAUUGAAAUGUCGUAA